AUCGGGUCACAUGACGCGGCGCACAGCCUGCCAAUAUGGCGGUGUGCAUCGCGGUGAUCGCCAAGGAGAAUUACCCUCUGUACAUCCGAAGCACUCCCAUGGAGAAUGAACUCAAGUUUCACUACAUGGUGCACACGUCUCUGGAUGUCGUGGACGAGAAGAUCUCUGCCAUGGGGAAAGCACUGGUGGACCAGAGGGAGCUGUACCUAGGCCUGCUCUACCCAACUGAGGACUACAAGGUAUACGGCUAUGUGACCAAUUCCAAGGUGAAAUUUGUCAUGGUGGUGGAUUCCUCAAACACAGCCCUUCGGGACAAUGAGAUCCGAAGUAUGUUCCGGAAGCUGCAUAACUCUUACACAGAUGUAAUGUGCAACCCUUUCUACAACCCAGGAGACCGCAUCCAGUCGAGGGCUUUUGAUACCAUGGUAACUUCGAUGAUGGUCCAGGUGUGCUGAGCGGGGACCUCUGCCCAAGUCACCUGGAAGAGACGCCCGUGUUCACCCCUGUUGGAUGAUACUUAUUUAUUCCCUUUCUGCUCCCUGAGUGUAACCUGCAGGCAGGGCUGUGUGCCCUGUGCCUUUGUACUAAAGGCCUCACAAGAUGAGAUCUACUUUGUCCUGUGUCAGCAGAGAGGUCUCAGCUGAGGACCUGCUAGCCGGUCUCAGAAGACUCUGGAGCGAUGCAGGGGUUGUGAUCAUAGCCGGAUGGUGUGAGGGAGGAUGCUGAGGACAGGAGGCUGCCGGCCUCCAUUGUCUGAGCAGGUGGGUGGUCCAGGAGGAUGCGGGGAAUGAGGAACCUAGAGCCAGCUUCAGAGAAUAGAGGCAAUCCAAGGCGGACAGCCACACACCUUCCAUCUUGGGCAAGGGCCCUCACGUUCUGACCCUACCAUUCAUGGCUAGCAUUAGCCAGUGCUUGCGCAGUGCCAGCCUCAGGAGGUGUUAAAAGACGUAAAGCUUUGUGGUGCAUAGCAUUAAAGCAGCUGCUUCCCAUGUGCUGGAGGAGAAACUCCAGGAGCCUUUCCUGUCUGUCUGUGAGCAUGGAGGUCAGCAAGGUCCCCAGUGGCGCUCCUAGGCCCUGCAUCCCCGAGGACAAACCGGGUUCUCUUCAGGUCAGAAGUCCUGUGGCUGUGUAGAGUUGGUACCUGACGCUGGCUCUUCAGUGCCACUGGACAGUGUAGCUAGAUACUGGUGUCCUGGGAGAGGCAGAGGCCAAGAGGACCUGUCCUGAGCCUGAGUCCCCUUUAGCUGUCGCUGCUCCAUGCUGUCUUCAGAGUCUCUGGUUUCCCCCUCCCUGUAGAGUGUCUCACGCCUGGGAGUUGUCCACAGGAGCUGGGUGGAGUGGGAGAGAAGCCAUCUUUGUGCAUCUCAGGGCUUCUUUCCAAGAGCACAAGGUAUUACAAAAUGCAGUCAGGAAAGAAGCCAGACCACCCACCUGAUCGAUAAAAGUGGCAAAUGGAGUCGCUUUGAGAAGUUUAACACAGCUGACUGAUGUGGGCAGGCUCAGGUUGCUUGGUUGAAGGCUUUAGCAGGAGGUUGGUGUUGGGGUUGGCAAGGGAAGGGAGGAGCUGCAGUCAGGUGGAAUCUUGGGACCUUGAGUUCUUAAGGGAGGUCAUCCUCCCUGAGUAUUAGCUGCCCUGGGAACCGGAUCUUGUUCCCCAGGUCCCUUCUCUUCCCUCCUCACAGAGCCUCGGGUUUACUGGAGAAACUUGGCAAAAUGCCAUUUGCUCCCCGCCCCUUCACACCAGGGCAGGCUGUUAAGGGUAGUGUUGGGAGAAACCUUCAGGAAAGGUACUUUAAAAGUAGGUCUGGCUAGAUGUGUAGUAGAACACGCAAGGCUCUCUUUCUUCCUUCCUGGAAGCGGAAGGUUAGGCCUCCCUCCUGAGAGCAUGAAGCUAAGAUGAGGACUUGCAGACAUGAGGACCGAAUAGAAAGGAGUCUGAGUCUGGGCACAUGCGCCAGCCCUGGACGGCUCACGUCAGCUUUUCAUAUGUGAGGCAAUAAAAUACAGCUCUCCUGUUUGCGAUUGC